GUGUUGAGUAGUUCGGUUGAUAUUUCGAAAUGUUUGAUCGAUCAUUAUUGCUUUCGUUUGUUUUUAUUGUAGUUUUAUUUGUCUCAUUGCCAAACGAGACCAAUUCUGCAAAUAUACUUGGAUUUUUUCCGGGUCCUUCAAAGUCACAUUUUCUAAUACACAGUUCUAUAGCUGAUGCUUUGGGACAUGCUGGACAUAAUGUUACUGUGCUUUCUACGGUGCCUAAUAUAAAUAAAAAUGGCAAAUACAAUUUUAUUCAUAUUAAUUCAUCCACUUUUGCUGACAAGUUUGCUAAAGAAAUGAUAAAUGAUCCACAACCUGUCUACAAACGUAUGGGUCAAAUGUUGACCAAUGUGAUAGGAAUGGCAAAUGAGACUAUGGGACAUCCAACAAUGCAAGAAUUCUUAAAAAAUCAUAAGAAAUCAUCAUUUGAUCUCAUAUUGUAUGGCUAUUUUAUGAAUGAAUUCCAUUUUGGAUUAAGUGCACAUUUCGAUUGUCCAACAGUGGUUUCAUUUAUGAUACAGCCUAUGUUGUUUUUGAAUGAUCUAGUUGGAAAUCCGGACCAAAUUGCGUAUGUCCCGACAAUUUUUAGUGGAUUAAAACAACCGUUGACUUUCUUUGGGCGAGUACAAAACUUUUUGGCUUCAAUGUUUGAGCGUUUGGUACUGAAGUCUUUACUUGAUCACGAAAGCAAUAAAUAUUAUAGAACGUAUUUUCCAGCUGAUCAGUAUCCCUCUUUGGGUGAAGUCAAAAAAAAUAUUUCACUCGUGUUCACUAAUCAUCAUUUCAGUCAAGGACCUAUUAGACCAAAUGUACCUGCCAUGGUUGAAAUUGGUGGCAUACAAAUCAAAGAAAAACCUGAUCCAUUACCUGAAGAUAUAAAACAACAUCUUGAUAGUGCAAAAAAUGGAGCAAUAUUUUUCAGUUUAGGAUCAAAUGUUAAGGGUUCAUUUUUGCCAAAAGAAAAGGCAAAAGUGUUGUUUGAUGUAUUAUCGAAAUUACCAUAUAAGGUACUCUGGAAAUGGGAAGAAGCUGAUGCUCCGGGUUUCGCAGAUAAUAUCGUUUACAGAAGUUGGUUACCUCAAGAUGAUAUUUUAGCACAUCCAAAUGUGAAACUAUUUAUAACACAUGCCGGUCAAGGUAGUGUUGUCGAAUCACAAUUCCACGGUGUACCAAUGGUGUGUAUACCACUUUUCGGUGAUCAGCCAGCGAAUGCUUUAAAUGUUAUACGCGAAGGAUAUGGUCUUUCAUUAGACUAUAUUAAUCUGAAUGCAGAGGACUUUAAAAAUACCAUUGUUGAAGUUCUAGAUAAUCCAAAAUAUGCCAACACUAUAAAACAGUUCUCAGUUUUAUACAGAGAUAGACCUAUGUCUGCACGUCAAGUUGCAGUAUUUUGGGUUGAGUAUAUAUUACGUCACAAGGGAGCUAAACAUAUGCAAUCUCCAGCAGUAUUCUUGAAUAACUGGCAGUUAUUAUCAUUGGACGUUAUAGGAUUUUUAUUGGCUGUUUUGUUUGUAGUAAUUUUAAUAUUUGUUAAAUUAUGUAAGUUAAUUUGUUGCCGUCGUAAAGGAAAAAGUGUUGGAAAGUCUAUUAAAACAAAGAAAAAUAAUUAGAUUUUUAUUUAAAGAAUUGUUUUAUAUUAAAACAUAAGCAUGU